ACUUCGUCUCGUUUCACUCGCGGCGAUCAGUUCGCCACCGACGAGAGCCAAGUGCGUACUCGCGACGCGACGUGAUGCUUCUUCUCUCGGUUCUUCACGGAUCGCGGUCCGUUUCCUCGCGAUCUUUAGCGGGGCCGUGAUUCUCGUAAUCCUCGCAAUCGAUUUCCCGUCAAACUAGUCUCGAUUUUCCUUAAACCUCGGCAAAAUUUCGGGAGCACGUUUUCGGAAUUUUUUCAAGAACUCUAAGUAGUCUGUGCUUGAGAAGCAAUGGAUCUAUGGAUUGCAACAAUAUUUCUAAAUUACGAAACUGAGGAAUUGAGAAACUACGUGAACUCGAAUCGUUGAUAGUUACAAAUGAUAUCGGAUGAAGCACUUUAAUUAUUAGUAAUUUUCCGUCACAAUCGAUAUAAGAUUGUGCAUCUGUGAUUUCGAUAUUUAUCAGACAUGAAGAAAUGAAAAGAAAGUUUUCAGUGAUUUGAAAGCAACGUAGAACAUACCUUUACAUGUAUAUAUACAUAUAUAUAAAAAAAAGUUUUAUAAAUUUUUGAAGACGCGCUAAAAUCAUUGUAAAAAUCUAACGGCUGAUACUUUUCAUUUAUUUAAAUUUUAAUGAGUGGAAUAAAUAUUUAAUUUUUCUCCGAAGAUAGGAAACUAAAUUGAGAAAUUAAUAAUACGAAAGAGUCGCGAAGUCAACAUUUAUCGCAAUCGCUAACAAAGGCCGCAAAUUGAUUCUUCAAAUCAGCGUGCUACUCCAGCCAGUUGAUUUCGUAAAUCACUUAGCCGUAAGGUGACGUCGACUCGCGUAACGAUCAAGAUUCUCCGAUCUAACGCGACGGCGCGGAAACGGUGAGCGUACAUUCGUCGGCGUGUGAAAAAUGGUUUUGUGCAAGGAGAAAGAAGAUAACGAGUGCUCUAGUUAUGAUUGACAGAGUAUGGUUCGACAGACGAAAACUUCUAGAAGUAUGAGUAACAACGUGCUCGCCAGCGCGUUGUUCUCGAGAAGAAACUGGCACGGUGUUCCUGAAUGGAUAAAAAAUGACGGUCUCUUAUCAGUACGAGGUCGCCAGUUCCACCAGCGGUGGAUUCACCAGGCUCCUGCUUAUGUGGCGCGGUUCCCUCUACAAGCUCAUCUACAGGGAAUUGCUACUCUAUCUGAUACUCUUCGGUAUCUUGUCUGCGCUAUAUCGUCACGUCUUCACAACAGAGCAAAAAAGGGAAUUCGAGCAAAUUGUCAUCUACUGCGACUGCUUAAUCAAACUAAUCCCGCUGAGUUUCGUGCUUGGAUUUUAUGUAUCCUACGUGGCACAGAGAUGGUGGAAGCAAUACACAGCGAUACCGUGGCCCGACAAAGUGAUGCAUCUCGUGGCACUCUACGUCACUGGGAACGACGAUUACAGUCGAAUGUUGCGCAGGGCGUUGAUGCGUUACCUAAACCUCUCGCUAAUACUCGUCCUACGUUCCAUAAGCUCGGCGGUGAAGAGAAGAUUUCCCACUCUCGACCACGUCGUUGAUUCCGGCUUCAUGACCGCACUGGAGCUCCAAUUGUAUCAAUCGGUGCCGAGUGUCGAGUUUAACACCUAUUGGAUACCGUGCACAUGGUUCAUUAAUCUUCUCAAGGAGGCACGCAAGAACCAUCGGAUAUCCGAUGCGCAAGGUUUAAAGCUAAUAAUGGAGGUUGCCGAACAGCUGAUAAAUCCUUUCGGUGAUGAUGAUGAGGAUUUCGAGCUGAACUGGCUGAUCGAUCGUCAUACUAAGGUAUCGUAUCUCGGAGUGGAUACGCUGAUGAAUCGAUGUCCGCCGCUCGUUAAAGACAUAUACUACGAUUCUGAAAACGUGAGCCUGCCGUAUACAGAAGCGGCUGCGGCGUACAAGAAGGAGACCUAUCGUGGUAGCGUGGCGAAUAUGACAGUACCUGAAGAAAAACAGAUGAUGUUCUUGCCCGGAAUUUUGGAAGAGGAGGAGGAAUGCACGACAAUUCUGACGCCUCGUACUUCCACCGCCAGUUUAGCGAACCCGAAUGAUAGUCCAGUAAACGAAAGGCGCCAGAUCAGCGGGUCCCCUUCAACAUCUGCGAAGAUGGCUCGCAAUUGUUCCGAAACGGUUGUGCAGCUGGAUAGUCACGAACAACCGCCGGCCGAAACGGAGCAGCGACGGGUAAUAGUCGAGGCCGUCCGGAAGUUCUCUUCCUUGGCGAAGAGCUCGACGUCUCGCGCCGGAAAACCCUUCUUUCCGGUUUUGACGAAAUCGCCCAAGCCAGUGCUGAGUCCUUGGCCGAGCGCGAUAAAUAUCUCGUAUCCCGUUCAAAUACCCACGUCUAUUCCUACGUCGGCUGUCAUCGAGACCGAAGGCCCCUGGAGGAAGGAUUCGUUCAGGAGCCUCCAGGCUCGUCGGCUCUCCCAGGAGGAUUCCGAGGGACGACCUAGCGUCUCGUCGCAGGGCGAGAAGAAUCAGGAAGGCGCCAUAAACUCGGCGUUCGUCGAGUGGAAGGUAGAUGAUAUAUCGGACAUCUGCGAUUGCGACGAUGGGAAAGAAGGUGACGAUUGCUCGUGCUCUGACCCUUCGCACCAGUCUCAAAGCAGACAUGUUUCUUGUCAACUAUCGUCGACCCCAGAAACGAUUGAUAUGUCCGUGAUCGGCGGCGAACCAAGUCAUUUGAGCAUCCAGAGUUCUCCGAAGUACCUGAUGGUUAGAGAUCGAUGGAGAGACCGAUCGGUCAGCGAUUCCAGAAAGAAGAAGGGUAUCCAUUGGCCAUCAAAGCUGUCUGGUAAAUCAAAGUUCCGCAGAAGAACCACCGACAGCGUACCUACAGUGGGCGAGAUCCUGAAUCAAGCCCGGAGUUCGCCGAAUUUGAAGAAUUUAGAGGAGCAAGAGAAGAUCGUGCAAAGUGUCAAAGCUGAACCUCCUUGUGAGCAAGAGGAAGUUUCCAAGUUAUAAAUAAUGUAUUUCGCAAACAAUAUUUCCGUAUCUAAAUAGAGAACUUAUGAUAAUCUUAAAGAAAUUUUACUAGCUUUUCGUAGAAAAAUUACGUUUCUGCUGAACUCUUUUUGAUUAAUAUAUUUAUUUAAAAAGUUAUCAAAAGUUAUAAUAAUAGAUAAUGAAUAUUCUGUUUGGUAACCAGUGACCAUAAAAUGUUCUGUCUACAUUGGUUUAACUUAAUUAUAACUGUGAGCAAGUAUCAGCGCGCAUUCAAGCGUUACGAAUACUUAUGUAAAUACUGUAAAUAAUAUAUUAUAGAAUUCUGUAAAUAUUACAUAUAUUAUAGAAUUUAAAAUGUAUUUCGUCAUAGAAAUAAAAUAAUUAUAUAAUUAUGUA